GUGUACGUCGCGCGCGCGGUCGCGCUCGUCGUCGUCUCCGAUAUCGCGGCGUGGACGGUGACGCUGUAUGGAGGGGGGAUACCGGCCGCGAUGCGCUCGCUGGUGAUUUUUGGCGGCAUGUCCGUGGUGUACUACGGCGCGUACGUCGCGCGAUGGAAUCGGUCGAUGUUUGAUUUGGCGACGCGCUUGGUCGCCGCGGCGGCGAUUGGUUCGAGCUCGGUGAUCUUUGGUACCGCUUUGGCGCUGAAAGUGAUUCCGAGGCCGAUGAUGCAAGUGUUGGCCAUCUUGCUCGCGUCGACGGUGGCGCCGCUGUUGGGCGUAUACGUCGAAGAGUUGCGUUUGCACCGUACGUCGACGAGGCGUACGAGACUGAUGAUAUUGUCGGACUGCUCGCUUUACGGUUCGUGGGACGCCGUCGCCGGCACUGUGGCGUGGGCAUGCGCCUUCAACCAGUCCGCUGACGCCUUCGGCCCCGCGCUAGCGCAGAGUUCAUUUGUCGCGUUUAUCGUCGCCGCCGCGUGUCGUUGGAUGCGAGCCAUGUACGUAUUGUACGUUAUCGAUCACUGGAUCAUUCAGACGGUCGCCGCGAUGUCGCAAGAGUUCACAGAGACGGUGUCGCGAGCGACCGUUGUCGUUAUGGAAGAAGUUUCGCGAGCGCCGAUCGUCGUUAAGGAAACAGUUUCGCGAGUUUCUGUCGCGAUUGCGGAAACGGUGACCCAAACGCCCGACGUGGUUUCGCACAAUGACGAAUCUCCGCAACCAGUCGCAGAGCCGAAGAUGCACGAACGCUCGGACAAUAACGAAGCCGCCGUCGCGAGCGUAAAAAUGCGGGUUGCGAGAGAACCUCAGCCAGUUGUCAUGGAGUCGGCGCCUUCAUCCGACGCCGCGCCUGUAGCAGGCGAAAGCGUGAGUGUCACUCAGCAGCCCGAUGAACGGCGUAUUGAGUACGCGCCUCCGUAUACCGCGGUAAUUCGUGAGCAGGAUCCUCGUCCAGAACCGCCGCGUGUCGUAUACGCGCCCGCGUUUGUCGUGGUGGAAGAGGCAUCGACGUCGUCUUCUACGGAAUCCGACGUCACUCAACCGCUCGAGUCAAAGCGUCGCCGUCGACAGCGGAAGCGACAGUAUCGCCGCCGUGAGUCGCUGGCGAAGAAUACUAUAGACAUGAGCGAGAUUGUGUCGAAAGAAGUUAACAUAGCGCUGAACAUGGGCGUUUCGAUUGAGGCGGAGCUUCAGCGCAUGUUGGAUCGACGUCAAUCGACGCUGAACGACAUGAAAAACCAGCAAGCGAAUCCAAUUUCUAUCGCGCAAGUGGAAGCGGAUAUUGCCGCGCUGCGUGCUGAGCUGAGACGAGCCACGACAUCACGCGAACAAUUUCAACGAGCUCAAACGUCGUAUGAGAGCGAUCUAGAGAUGUGGAUGGAAUCGAUACGCGCGGCGGCGGCGGUCUCGCGAUUGGACUACGCAAUCGAUUCACUAAAAAACGCAUCGGUCGCCGACGACCCGCAGGUCAAGGAACUCAUUGAUCAAAGGGCUGUUUGGGGGUUGCGUUUGGUCAGCUCUCAAAUAUUUACGAUUGUUGAAUUGCAGGAUUCACUUGACUCUGGGGAAGCACGUUCUUCCGCGCGCAUAGCAGAAUUACGAGGAGCUAUAGAAAGUUUGGAGCUCAAAUUGACUCGUUUGCAAGAAGAAAAGACGCAGAGCGUCGAUAACCGUAUUCUUUUGGAGGAUCGUCUGCAGAAAUUGAAUCUUGAAAUCGAUUCUGUUCGGGAAAGAGAGCGCGUUGCGCAAGAAGACUGGCAAAGAGAGCGCCUGCGCCUGGAAGUUGAGCUCGAAGCUUCAGUCAAGGAACUUCAAACUGCCACGAGAACCGUCGACGACGCUCUCAAGGCGAAGUUAGAACUCCUUGCUAAGCUGCAGACCGCUCAAGAUCAGAGCGACACUGAUGCAGAGGCGAUUCGGCGUCUCGAACAUGAAACUGAAACUCUGCAAACGAAGCUCAAGUCCCUCACCGAGCAGCUAUCUGUCGCAAAUGCUAGUGUUGAACAAAUCAAUUCGCGUCGAUUUGACUUAGAAUCGCAACUGCGAGCAAAGGCAACUGAGUUAGACUUGGCAAACGCCAAUCGUGCCGAUACUUCAUUAGUUGAAGAGCUGAGGCGUCAAGUGAAGAAUCUAUCUACGGAGAUCUGUUGGCUCAGAGAUCAAAAAUCGAGAGAAGGAAGCGAAGCAGAAGCAGUACUUCAAAAGCAACUCGCAGAGGCUCGUACGCAACUCGAAAUCCAGCGAAAUGAAUUAGAAAUCGAAGCCAAGGCUGAAAUUUCCGAAUUGAAGCGAUCCAUGGAUGUUAUCCGCGAGGAGAUGGAACGUCUAACGUCGGAGAUGUCAGAGAAGACUGAAAAGAGUUUAGAGUAUCAACGAAUAGUUCAAGAGCGUCAAAAAGAGAUUGAAAGUCUUACGAAAAACAAAGAGUUGGCCGCUCGCGCAAUCGAUGAGUCAAAGAAAAACUUGGCUCAGGCUCAGGAAGCGCUGGAGACGAAGCAAAAAGCACUAGAUGACCGUGUUUCUCAGGUUGCAAGCUUAUCUUUGGAUCUUGCAGCGAGUGAGGAGAAAACGCUCACUCUUGAGCGCGAACUCUCAGCAUCAUGUCAACGCUCACAAGAGCUCGAAGAACUCAUCUCCAGUCUUCGCUCGUACUCAGAAUCACGCGAUGCCUUGCUUGCUGACAUAGAUUUACUUCUCGGCAACGAAAACGACGAGCGCGAAGCGAUGUUACGAGGCAGUAAGAACGCAUCUGACCUCGUUGAGCGCAUACAGAAACGUCUUCGAAGAGAAGUUGUCCUCGAGAAGAAGCUUGACCAAGCUCAGCUGCUCGAACAGGUAGGUCUCACAGUCGAAGAAUUGAAAACACGUGAAGCCGCAUCACUUUGGUGGAAGGAUCUAGUUCAAAUUGGUUCUAAGGCUCUGGAAACGAUUCAGAGCACCGCAGUGGAUCUAUCUAAGGGGACAGUCACGGCUUCAUUGUUAGAGCGAUCGAUCAGUCUACGAGCGAAAGAGCUGCAGAAUAUCACCAGCGAACCGCAAUACCAGAGAUUGCAAAAAAGCUUCAAUGAUCUGAAGCGUCUUUCCGAAGCCGCAGAGCGAAAGUUGCAAGAAAAAGAGCGAAAGAUAAAAUCAUUGAAGGCCGAUAGCAAAGAGUCAGCUGCGGAAUUGAAGGCGCUUACCUCAGAAUUGGCCUCCGUGAAAGAAGAUCUUAAAUACAUCAGAGAUAUUGCAAAAGAAGAGCGUGAUGAACAGAUUCAGCGCAUAGAAUCUCUCAUGUUAGAGGUUGAUUCAUUCGAAAACGCCAAAUUUGAUGGUGAAGAGGCAGUACGCUUUAGAAACGAAGCAGCGAAGCUUCGAGGGAUGAAAAUUCGGUUGGAAGCUGAGCUCAAGUUGAGUCAAGAUCUCGCAGAGACAGCGAGCAGCGAACUGGCUCGAGCUCGCGAAGAGCACGAUGUCGUCAUCACGCAGUUGAGUGAAGAAAUAGCAGCUCUUGAACUCGACAUCACAGUUAAAUCUGAAGCGAUCGAAAAGUUGGAGUCAAAGACGAAUAAUAUUGAGGUCAAGUUGGGCUCCGAUCUUGAGAGCGCGUUAGCAAAACUGAACACCACGCUCGAAGAACUCGAUAAAAAGUCCACGGAUUUUGCAUCUCUUGAAAGCGCAUCGGUUGAACAAAAGCGAAACUUUGAGAAGCACGUGGACGAGCUUGAAAAGCGCCUGGGUGCUUCCGAGGCUGAAGUGCAAAGAUUGAUACAAGAUAGAGAUCUGGCUAUUGAGGCCAAAGACAACGAAAUGGUUUCGAAAAUUCUUUCGCAGUCCGCUAUCGUGUCCGAUCUCGAGUCUGAGCGCGACGCGCUGCGUUCGCAGCUCGCCGACCUUUCGUCCGCUCGCGACUCUGAGCUGGCGUCUGUGCGCGCGGAUCUUGAGUCCCAGCUUCGCGAGCGCGAGGAGGACAUCGAGCGCGUGCGUUCUGAGCUCGACGAGUCCAAGGCGGCACUUGAGUCUGAGCGCGACGCGCUGCAGUCGGAGCUCGAGCGCGUGCUUUCUCAGGUGCCCGAGGUUGACGCGUCGCAGUCCGCUAUCGUGUCCGAUCUCGAGUCUGAGCGCGACGCGCUGCGUUCGCAGCUCGCCGACCUUUCGUCCGCUCGCGACUCUGAGUUGGCGUCUGUGCGCGCGGAUCUUGAGUCCCAGCUUCGCGAGCGCGAGGAGGACAUCGAGCGCGUGCGUUCUGAGCUCGACGAGUCCAAGGCGGCACUUGAGUCUGAGCGCGACGCGCUGCAGUCGGAGCUCGAGCGCGUGCUUUCUCAGGUGCCCGAGGUUGACGCGUCGCAGUCCGCUGCCGUGUCCGAUCUCGAGUCUGAGCGCGACGCGCUGCGUUCGCAGCUCGCCGACCUUUCGUCCGCUCGCGACUCUGAGUUGGCGUCUGUGCGCGCGGAUCUUGAGUCCCAGCUUCGCGAGCGCGAGGAGGACAUCGAGCGCGUGCGUUCUGAGCUCGACGAGUCCAAGGCGGCACUUGAGUCUGAGCGCGACGCGCUGCAGUCGGAGCUCGAGCGCGUGCUUUCUCAGGUGCCCGAGGUUGACGCGUCGCAGUCCGCUAUCGUGUCCGAUCUCGAGUCUGAGCGCGACGCGCUGCGUUCGCAGCUCGCCGACCUUUCGUCCGCUCGCGACUCUGAGUUGGCGUCUGUGCGCGCGGAUCUUGAGUCCCAGCUUCGCGAGCGCGAGGAGGACAUCGAGCGCGUGCGUUCUGAGCUCGACGAGUCCAAGGCGGCACUUGAGUCUGAGCGCGACGCGCUGCAGUCGGAGCUCGAGCGCGUGCUUUCUCAGGUGCCCGAGGUUGACGCGUCGCAGUCCGCUGCCGUGUCCGAUCUCGAGUCUGAGCGCGACGCGCUGCGUUCGCAGCUCGCCGACCUUUCGUCCGCUCGCGACUCUGAGUUGGCGUCUGUGCGCGCGGAUCUUGAGUCCCAGCUUCGCGAGCGCGAGGAGGACAUCGAGCGCGUGCGUUCUGAGCUCGACGAGUCCAAGGCGGCACUUGAGUCUGAGCGCGACGCGCUGCAGUCGGAGCUCGAGCGCGUGCUUUCUCAGGUGCCCGAGGUUGACGCGUCGCAGUCCGCUAUCGUGUCCGAUCUCGAGUCUGAGCGCGACGCGCUGCGUUCGCAGCUCGCCGACCUUUCGUCCGCUCGCGACUCUGAGUUGGCGUCUGUGCGCGCGGAUCUUGAGUCCCAGCUUCGCGAGCGCGAGGAGGACAUCGAGCGCGUGCGUUCUGAGCUCGACGAGUCCAAGGCGGCACUUGAGUCUGAGCGCGACGCGCUGCAGUCGGAGCUCGAGCGCGUGCUUUCUCAGGUGCCCGAGGUUGACGCGUCGCAGUCCGCUGCCGUGUCCGAUCUCGAGUCUGAGCGCGACGCGCUGCGUUCGCAGCUCGCCGACCUUUCGUCCGCUCGCGACUCUGAGUUGGCGUCUGUGCGCGCGGAUCUUGAGUCCCAGCUUCGCGAGCGCGAGGAGGACAUCGAGCGCGUGCGUUCUGAGCUCGACGAGUCCAAGGCGGCACUUGAGUCUGAGCGCGACGCGCUGCAGUCGGAGCUCGAGCGCGUGCUUUCUCAGGUGCCCGAGGUUGACGCGUCGCAGUCCGCUGCCGUGUCCGAUCUCGAGUCUGAGCGCGACGCGCUGCGUUCGCAGCUCGCCGACCUUUCGUCCGCUCGCGACUCUGAGUUGGCGUCUGUGCGCGCGGAUCUUGAGUCCCAGCUUCGCGAGCGCGAGGAGGACAUCGAGCGCGUGCGUUCUGAGCUCGACGAGUCCAAGGCGGCACUUGAGUCUGAGCGCGACGCGCUGCAGUCGGAGCUCGAGCGCGUGCUUUCUCAGGUGCCCGAGGUUGACGCGUCGCAGUCCGCUGCCGUGUCCGAUCUCGAGUCUGAGCGCGACGCGCUGCGUUCGCAGCUCGCCGACCUUUCGUCCGCUCGCGACUCUGAGUUGGCGUCUGUGCGCGCGGAUCUUGAGUCCCAGCUUCGCGAGCGCGAGGAGGACAUCGAGCGCGUGCGUUCUGAGCUCGACGAGUCCAAGGCGGCACUUGAGUCUGAGCGCGACGCGCUGCAGUCGGAGCUCGAGCGCGUGCUUUCUCAGGUGCCCGAGGUUGACGCGUCGCAGUCCGCUGCCAUGUCCGAUCUCGAGUCUGAGCGCGACGCGCUGCGUUCGCAGCUCUCUGAGCUUCGUCAAAUGUCCUCCGAAUCCAUCGCAGGACUCCAGCAGCAAUUAGUCGCAUUUUCGGCGGAGGCGGACUCUGCGGCUUCCUUGAGAAAAACAGUUAAAGAGUUGAAGGCAACUAUCAGACAGCGCGAAAAUUUGCUUUCUGAAACGGUGUUCGAUCCGAUGUUGAAUGAUGACUUGGACCGUAUGAACGAUGAGCUUGCAUCGAAGAGUGCGGAACUAGAUUCUGCACGGACGAAGUUGCAGUCGACUCUUAAUAAGUUAAAAGAACGCGAGGAGCAGGCUGAAUCUUCGCAAGCUGUUGCAAGUGCUGUCAUAGAUGAGAUCCGCGCCGAGCUUUUGAAUGCAAACGAAAAGUUGGCUGCUCGUGAGUCAUACGCCAACGCUGUUGAGUUGGCGCUGCGGUCAGAACUCACAGAAAGAGAGAAAGAAAUUGCGCUUUUGCGUGUCAAGGUAGCUAAAAUUCUCGAUGACAGCACGAACAAGCAGACAAGUCUCACCACUGCGCUCGAUUCUGCGCAGUCUGAGAUUGAGCGCCUCACUCGCGAGCUCGAGGAUGUUGAGCAGAGCAAGCAAGUGGCCAUGAAGGAGUCAUUUGAGCGCAACGAAUCGCAGAUUGCGUCUCUGAACGCCGCGCACCGCGAGUUGGAUCAGCGCCUGCGAGACGAGCUCGACGCGGCGCUCAAAGCGAAGGCAAGUCUUGAGAAGGAGCUCAGCGACCGCGCGGAAUCCACCGCUGCUACCGAAACAGCGAAGCGCAACGCCGAAGCACUGAGCGAAAGCUUGCAAUCGCAGCUUGAUGCACUGUCCACGCAGCGUGCUGAGCUCGAGCAGCGGCUGGUCAAGCGCGAGGAGGAGCUCGUCGCUGAGCUUGACGCAGCCAAGCAUGAAGCCACAGCGCAGGCCGCACGUUUUGCACAACUUGGCGAGGCGGCCUCAGAUCACGCACACGACGAGGUUGAUAAACUUAAGUCCGAAGUGGAACGACUCGAGUUUGAGCUCGGCGCUGUGAAAAACGAGCUGACAAGCGCGACGUCGACUGCGAAAGCGGACAUUGCGAGGCUUACGGAUGAACUUGCAAGCGCCAGCGCCGCGCGAGACGCCGUGGCUGAAACCGCUCAUCCAGAAGAAGACGGGUCAUCGGAGUCCGCAUCGGCGUUCGAAGCCAUGAGACGCGACAUGACUCGUCUCGAGUCGGAGCUUGCCGCCGCUCUCGCGGAGCUUGCGGAGCUCGAAUCGCCUCGCGAGUCAGAGUCCUCAGAUACUGAAGCUAUUCGCGAGUUCACCACUGCGCUCGAUUCUGCGCAGUCUGAGAUUGAGCGCCUCACUCGCGAGCUCGAGGAUGUUGAGCAGAGCAAGCAAGUGGCCAUGAAGGAGUCAUUUGAGCGCAACGAAUCGCAGAUUGCGUCUCUGAACGCCGCGCACCGCGAGUUGGAUCAGCGCCUGCGAGACGAGCUCGACGCGGCGCUCAAAGCGAAGGCAAGUCUUGAGGAGCGCAGCGACCGCGCGGAAUCCACCGCUGCUACCGAAACAGCGAAGCGCAACGCCGAAGCACUGAGCGAAAGCUUGCAAUCGCAGCUUGAUGCACUGUCCACGCAGCGUGCUGAGCUCGAGCAGCGGCUAGUCAAGCGCGAGGAGGAGCUCGUCGCUGAGCUUGACGCAGCCAAGCAUGAAGCCACAGCGCAGGCCGCACGUUUUGCACAACUUGGCGAGGCGGCCUCAGAUCACGCACACGACGAGGUUGAUAAACUUAAGUCCGAAGUGGAACGACUCGAGUUUGAGCUCGGCGCUGUGAAAAACGAGCUGACAAGCGCGACGUCGACUGCGAAAGCGGACAUUGCGAGGCUUACGGAUGAACUUGCAAGCGCCAGCGCCGCGCGAGACGCCGUGGCUGAAACCGCUCAUCCAGAAGAAGACGGGUCAUCGGAGUCCGCAUCGGCGUUCGAAGCCAUGAGACGCGACAUGACUCGUCUCGAGUCGGAGCUUGCCGCCGCUCUCGCGGAGCUUGCGGAGCUCGAAUCGCCUCGCGAGUCAGAGUCCUCAGAUACUGAAGCUAUUCGCGAGUUCACCACUGCGCUCGAUUCUGCGCAGUCUGAGAUUGAGCGCCUCACUCGCGAGCUCGAGGAUGUUGAGCAGAGCAAGCAAGUGGCCAUGAAGGAGUCAUUUGAGCGCAACGAAUCGCAGAUUGCGUCUCUGAACGCCGCGCACCGCGAGUUGGAUCAGCGCCUGCGAGACGAGCUCGACGCGGCGCUCAAAGCGAAGGCAAGUCUUGAGAAGGAGCGCAGCGACCGCGCGGAAUCCACCGCUGCUACCGAAACAGCGAAGCGCAACGCCGAAGCACUGAGCGAAAGCUUGCAAUCGCAGCUUGAUGCACUGUCCACGCAGCGUGCUGAGCUCGAGCAGCGGCUAGUCAAGCGCGAGGAGGAGCUCGUCGCUGAGCUUGACGCAGCCAAGCAUGAAGCCACAGCGCAGGCCGCACGUUUUGCACAACUUGGCGAGGCGGCCUCAGAUCACGCACACGACGAGGUUGAUAAACUUAAGUCCGAAGUGGAACGACUCGAGUUUGAGCUCGGCGCUGUGAAAAACGAGCUGACAAGCGCGACGUCGACUGCGAAAGCGGACAUUGCGAGGCUUACGGAUGAACUUGCAAGCGCCAGCGCCGCGCGAGACGCCGUGGCUGAAACCGCUCAUCCAGAAGAAGACGGGUCAUCGGAGUCUGCAUCGGCGUUCGAAGCCAUGAGACGCGACAUGACUCGUCUCGAGUCGGAGCUUGCCGCCGCUCUCGCGGAGCUUGCGGAGCUCGAAUCGCCUCGCGAGUCAGAGUCCUCAGAUACUGAAGCUAUUCGCGAGUUCACCACUGCGCUCGAUUCUGCGCAGUCUGAGAUUGAGCGCCUCACUCGCGAGCUCGAGGAUGUUGAGCAGAGCAAGCAAGUGGCCAUGAAGGAGUCAUUUGAGCGCAACGAAUCGCAGAUUGCGUCUCUGAACGCCGCGCACCGCGAGUUGGAUCAGCGCCUGCGAGACGAGCUCGACGCGGCGCUCAAAGCGAAGGCAAGUCUUGAGAAGGAGCUCAGCGACCGCGCGGAAUCCACCGCUGCUACCGAAAUAGCGAAGCGCAACGCCGAAGCACUGAGCGAAAGCUUGCAAUCGCAGCUUGAUGCUUCUCGCGCUGAAGAGGCGAAGCUCCGUGAUGAGCUCAAUCAUUUUCAGGAGCUUGCACGAGAGGAGAUUUCAGCACUCCAUAAUGAAAUUACCGAAAUAAAAUUCACGUCGCAAGAAAGUCAAGCGUCGCUUGGAGAAUCACCGUGGCCGAGUAUCACAAUUUCCACCCUUGCGGGUCUUAACGAGAUGAUGUCUCGGGGAUCUGAAUUCGGGAGUGAAGGCUUAGAUUGGCUUGAGCACGCCGCACACGAAGUACAAGCGCUUGAAAAGUCCGUGUUGGAUGCGACGGCUGAGCUCGAGUUACGAGAGAAUGAAUAUGAACAAACUAUUGCACAGUUGCAAGAUAGUGUUCGUGACGCGGAAACUGACCUCAACUCGCAGAAGAGUCUGGCUAGCGCAGCUUUGAGCGACGUCGAGCAUCUGAAUGAUAAAUUGGCCGAACGCGAUGAGGAGCUGGCAUCACUCCGGCUCGAACUCGCGAACUUGGUUUCAGAUGACGUCACACGCGAGCUUGAAUUAACGAUCAGUAAUUUGAGGAUACAGCUGACCGCAAAAGAUAACGAGUUGAAUGGAGCUGUCGCGUCGUUGAAUGAUUUGGAAAACGACAAGAGAGCUAUAGAAGAAGCAAUGUCCGAACUACAAGCUGCAGCUGACAUGCAAGCAGCUCGAGUGCAAACAUCGAUUGAGCAAAUAUCAAGUUUGAAUGUUGAGCUGGCCAAGCGCUCUGCAGCUCUUGAUGCUAGUUGGGAUAAUCUUUCUCACGCUGAAUCACGCGCACGUUUUGCCGAGCAAGAGCGAGACGACGUUCGCCGGCUUUUUGAGGAGCGACUUGCUGUGAAAGAGCGAGCACUACGCGAGACACAAGGAGAUGUUGAACAUCUUCGUCAGACGGUGCGUAAUCUUCAGGAUAAAUUGAAAGCACAUAGAUAUGCACGUUCUGAGACCGAAGCUGGUCAUCCAGAAGAAGACGGGUCAUCGGAGUCUGCAUCGGCGUUCGAAGCCAUGAGACGCGACAUGACUCGUCUCGAGUCGGAGCUUGCCGCCGCUCUCGCGGAGCUUGCGGAGCUCGAAUCGCCUCGCGAGUCAGAGUCCUCAGAUACUGAAGCUAUUCGCGAGUUCACCACUGCGCUCGAUUCUGCGCAGUCUGAGAUUGAGCGCCUCACUCGCGAGCUCGAGGAUGUUGAGCAGAGCAAGCAAGUGGCCAUGAAGGAGUCAUUUGAGCGCAACGAAUCGCAGAUUGCGUCUCUGAACGCCGCGCACCGCGAGUUGGAUCAGCGCCUGCGAGACGAGCUCGACGCGGCGCUCAAAGCGAAGGCAAGUCUUGAGAAGGAGCUCAGCGACCGCGCGGAAUCCACCGCUGCUACCGAAACAGCGAAGCGCAACGCCGAAGCACUGAGCGAAAGCUUGCAAUCGCAGCUUGAUGGAAAAACUUGA